UUAGGCUGCUGGUCACAUCAUAGCAUAUAUCUAUAGCACAGCGCAUAGUCACUAGUAGUGUGGUAGUGGGCUGCCGUUUCCGGCUCUCUCCCCUCCCCCUCCGCCCGCAGAUCUGUGGAGGUGACCGGCAGGAUGGCUGCUUGGCUCGGGCGCUUGUGUGUGGCAGUGUGUGCCAGGGGAGGCACUGUGCAGAGGGCAGCUCGCCAGGCCUUGAGACCACACUGGAUCGCUGCCCGCAGCUUUUCUGCCAGCCACACCACAUCCAUCAACUAUGAAGAACUGAAAGACUUGCUGAAAAAGGAUGGCGUUGUAGUCAUAGAUGUUCGGGAGCCGUGGGAAGUCAAAGAAUAUGGAAUUAUCAAGGGAUCAAUGAACAUCCCAUUGGGAGAUCUCAUGUCUGCCCUUAAAAUGACUCCAAAGGAUUUUGAGGAGAAAUAUAAAGAGAAGUUGCCAGAGAAAUCCAGCACCUUGGUCUUUUCUUGUCUAGCUGGGAUUCGAAGUGGCAAAGCCUUAGAUGUAGCAACAUCACUUGGGUACAGUAGAGUUCAUCACUAUAUGGGAGGUUUUGAUGAUUGGUCGAAACAUGAAUUGCCCAAAAAGCAACCAUGAACUUUAUUACUUCAGUCACGUCCACAGAGGGAGCAUGAAAUAUGCUGUGCAGUCCACGUUCCAUACUAAAGACUGGAAUGCAUCCCAGAGAAGACAAAUGUAGAGAACUUUUCUCAGCUGGCAUACUUUCCUGUUUAUUUUUAUUUUUUCUUGUUUUUUUGUUUUGGGGGGGGGGGGGGGGGGGGAUGGUGUAAAAUUAUCUAAGGGUGGAUCCACACAUAGUGGCUUUUGGGAAAACAACACUGCAGUUUUUUGGAGCCAAAGUCAGAGGUGGGAUCCAAUGGGAAGAAGAUAUAUAAGUCCUUCCUUUAUAUUUCCCAUUCCUUUUAGAAUCCAUUUCUGGCUUUGGUUCGGAGGCAUUUUUCUGAGAAGAAUAGGAGGGUCUUUGAUAUCCUCCGUCAGCCCCUGACUGCAGUGAAUCUCCCUGCCUCAACCACUUCCCAGUAUCAAGAGCAGCAUAAAAACGCACAGGCAUUUAAAAAAUAAAAUAAAAAAUAUUGCAAAACUGGGCUAUGCUACUCUUUUUACACCAGCAUUGGUAUAGAGUCUUAAUAAUUGACCCCCAAUGUGUGAAACCACCCUCAGUGAUCACCACGUGUAUGGGAAAUUAGGACAAUCAGCUGUUUAUACUUGCCACAAAUCAUUUUGGGUGAACCCAGUGUAAUGCAAUAAAUGAAUCGGCGUCUACAACAUACAAUGACAUGUACUGUAUUUCUAUAUUACAUAGGACCAAACUUUGGCCUGA